AUGGGUGAUAAGGAGGAUGUAGAUGUUCGAUUAGAGUUUAUGUCAGAAUAUAUUUUAAAGUCACUUAAGCAAAAAAUCGAGAAAUGGAAUAAGUUUAUCACUGGAGAUGAAAGGCAUGUAUUGUUUCGGUACUUUGACAUGCCAAAGUUCGAUAUCAUCGUAUUCCGAAUGAAUACAGCCGGGCUCCUUACCUGUGCUACAAAUUUCCCUCCAAUAAGCAGAGGGAAGAUGAUAUAUUUCUUGAGAAAUGUUGACGACAAGAUAACGGCUGUGAAUUUUCGUAAGGCUAUGACAAUUGGAGAAUUAUCAGGAAAUGUCUUGAUGGACUUGUCUGUAAUGGCUGAUGAAGUGAUUGGUCCUCUUUUAUGCAACCCAGAGAACCAAAAAGGUUGGCCAAAAAUUGUUAAAAACGACAUGAAGAGGCAUGUGAACGAAUUACGCAAUUUAAUGCACCAGCUUAAAGGGGAGAUGAGCAGUCAAGUAAUGUUACCAAUGCCAGAUGGAGUAGAAACAAUUUACCACGCAGAAGCAAGACUUAGAGAAGGCGAUUCUGAAGAUGUGGAUUUGUAUUUGAAAACGAAUAUAGAAGGAGCAAUAAUUAAGUGGGCUCAGCAAGUUCAUGACCUUUUAAAGGAAGACUCUUAUAUUGCGUUUAAACGAACCAAAUUUCCUCUACCGAGUGCUGACAUAGAUUUCUACGCUAAUAGACUUCGAAACCUCGAGGGCAUUUACUCACAGCUGAGAGACCCUCGCGUAAAACGUAUGGCGCACUACUUAGAAGCCACGCGCAGCGUCUACCUGAGUUGCUUCAAAACUAUGCUUACUAAUGUUGUCGCUGCUAUCGUAGAAUGCCGGGACAUCUACGUCUAUCAGAAACCACUAUUGCUUCAUUUUGAAACCUUUGAAGGCACUGACUUUGCCGACGCCAAGUCUUUGAUAAGACCCAUGUUCCACUGCAUCGGUUUACUCUGGGGCAAUUCGAGAUAUUAUUGUAACGUGGAAAAGCUUAUACCUCUGUUACGCGAGGUGUGCAAUCUGGUUAUUCAACAAUGCACCAACUCGGUAGAUCCCGCUUCAAUAUUUCAAGGCGAUGCUGAUGAACAGCUGAUAAAAAUAAGAAAAGCUCUAUCGAUUCUCAAUCAUUUCAUUGAAACAUACGAGAUGAACAGAGACAAAGUGCAUACUUUCUUUCCGCCGGGUGUGAUGCCUGUGCGCUGGUCUUUCGACUUCGAUCGCGUGUUUAUGCGCUUCAAUGUGUACAUGAAGAAGCUCAAGAAAAUCGAAGAGAUCUUGGAGGCGACUGUGGAGAUUCUCAAGCUGGAGAAGAUGGAGUUCUGUGGGUUGCGAGGAAAGACUCUUAGCACUGACUGUAUGGCUAUUCUGGAAGAGUACAUAACAAUCUAUCAAAACCUGGGUAACAUAACAUACGAUCCAGCGGAUCCCGAGGACGAUAAGUUUGAAGCUGAUUACGUAAAGCAUAUGAAGGUUCUCGAUGACGUGGAUCAAAGGCUAGCGUCACUCUUCACCCAGGGUCUCGAUGAGUGCCAUAACUUGGAACACUUUUAUAAGUUUUUCCAAAUUAUUGGCGAUUUAUUUCAUAGAAAGAUUAUAAAGAACGAGCUGAAACCAAAGUUACCAAGAUUACUAGAUUUCAUGCAUUCCAACUUAGAUGCCGUGAAAGAAAUAUUUGACGAGGAAAUGUCGAAAUUAACAAAAGGACCAGAGCGGCCCAUGGUAGACUCCUAUUUACCUCCAGUCGGUGGUAUGAUUUGGUGGAUUUAUAAACUGCGUAGGCGCAUACAGGCUCCGAUGGAAGAUUUUAUCGUGUUUGAAGAUCCGAUUAUUGAAACCGAGUACGCUCUAUAUAUGAAGCAGAAACACAAUGAAAUGUUAGGAUAUUUAAAUGUAUUAGAAGAUCGCCAGUUCAAGCAAUGGUGCGCAACAGUACCAAACAUUUGCAAGACGCAGUUGGCAAAAAACCUUAUUUACAGAGAUCCUCCGUUCGUUAGGAACAACUUCAGCCCUGAGUUAGUAAUGCUACUACGUGAAAUACGGUACAUGAAGUAUCUAGACAAACAAGGAAUCCCAGCUGAUGGUUUAGAGUUGUAUGGGAGGAAUGAAAAAUUACAGUACGACAUGAAUCGCCUUAAUCGAGCUAUCGCCUGGUACAAUGCUAUAAGAGAAGGAAGCCAUGAGACCGAAGUCGCACUCAUUGAGAAGGAGAUAUCGGCCAUAGAUCAACUACUUGGCAAAGGUGUGGAGGAGCUCACGUGGAAUGAUGACUUUACUGAGUGGAUGGCAGAGGUAUAUACAGCAAUAAACACGCUGCAAGAACGCGUGCUGACAGCUCAAACGAACGUCCGAAGAGGUUUGAGCAAUAUUGCAGGAUGGGGCGACAAGCCACUGCACAAUCGCAAAGAGAAUCCUGAUAAAAUGGAGCUACUAGCAGUAAAUGAGCGUCUACCUAGACUUGCGAAGAGACGUAACAACAUUUUGGAAAGUCACGCUGAGUUUUUAAACAUACUUCAAGUUAAUUACAAAUUGUUCUUUAACAUCCAAGAAGAUGAAGAGUCUGAUGAUGAAGAGGAAGAAUUAGAAGAAGUAGACGAAGCCACACUGGACGAAGAUGAAAGGGCAGCACGUAAUCGUAAAUUGAAAGAAAUAGAAGAAAGACGAGAAGAAAAGCGACUCGCGCGAGAAGAAAGAGACAGAGAGAAAGCAGAAAUUGCUCAAGCUAAAUUCGAAAGAAGAGAGGCAAGGCGCCUCAAACGAGAGGAGAAGGAAGCAGCUCGACAAGAGCGACAGGCGAGACGAGAUGCAGGUGAAGAAGGCGUUGAGUCGCCAGUAGAAGAAGAGGAAGAGUUAGAUGAAGCAGAACUGGCUGAUAUUGAAGAAGAGAAAAGAGAAAUGGAAGAAGAAGCCUUUAGGGCGGAACGAUGGCCAGCUUACGUGAAAUAUAUUGAUUCUUUAGUAUCUCGCCAAGUAAUGAAAGCAAUACAGUCUAGUCUAGACCUAUUUGAAAAGCAGACAGAUUUAGAAAAAGGACCGCGUGUGGCGUUUAUGGAAGUUAUAGCGGAAUUGAAAGAUCCUGAUGUAUGUUUCACACCGUCACUCGAUCUAACGGACCAAGGAGGGUUGUAUGACACUAUGAUUGAAAUGAUGAAAGACAUGUUUCUUCAAGCUACUCUUUUCCCACGGAUCGAUUCUAUUAUACCUAUUCCGACGUAUGAAGAUGAUAUAACCGCUGAAGAAGCGAUGAUAGACCUGUACCAUGAGAUUGCGAAAAGAAUCGAGAAUAGUAUUACAGAUGUUACACAGUAUGCCUCGAAAUAUGAAAAAUAUACUCCCCUCUGGAUGGAAGACAGACAAGAAGUAUUAGCCAGCUUCCUCAAGUAUGGGCGCGUAAUUCCUCCCGAAGAGUUUGAUAAGUACAGAUACGAUUUUGGCUGCGACCCCCCGGAGGUUAAGCCUAAGCUUGAAGAAUAUCAGAAAGAGAUCGACAAGUUCAAUGCUAUGUACGACGAAGUUGCGGCCCUACCAGGAGAUUACUUAUGCAAUGGUUGGUUGAAGCUAGAUUUGAAACGACUGAACCAAGCUAUCAUGAACAUCAUCUGCAAGUGGAGUAAUCUUUAUAAACAAAAUUUGAAGGACCACGUCCAAACAAGCUUGGACGACCUGGAGAAGUUUAUUGCAUAUGCCACAAAAGAAUUGUCUGUGGAGCUAGGCGAAGAUGACUAUGAAGGUCUAUUGCAAGUGAUGAGAGUCCUCAAUGAAGUGAAGGCGAAAGUAGAUGCCGGCACAGAGACGAUGUUCGAGCCGCUACGGGAUAUCAUUUACGUGUUGAAGGAAUAUGGAGUAGACUUCCCGGAAGAGACUUACGAGCAGUUGGAUGUAUUGCCGGAAAGGUGGCGAAACUUAGUGAAGUUAGCGACUGUAAUGAAGAACACAGUGGCUCCACUGCAAGCUGCGCAGGCGGCUCUAAUCGCUAAACGUGUGGCGCUUAUCAACCUUCGACUUACUAUGUAUAGAGAUCAGUUUAAACUGAAAGAGAUGUUCCUUGAAAGUUGUAAGGAGCCUUAUAGACAGAUAGAUAAAGUUCACCAAGAACUUUUGGAGUUCGAAGACAUCGUUGCUGGUUUAAAGAAGAGUUGUGGCCUGUUUGAUAUACAACCGCCCGACGAGAAAUUCCUUAAGCAAUGUCGUAGAGAACUGAAACUUAUCAAGCAAUUAUGGGAUUAUUACAACCUAGUGAUGGGAACAAUAGAAUUCUGGAAGAAAUCACCAUGGAAGAAGAUAGAUGCAGACGGCAUGGAUCAAGAAUGUAAGAGAUUCACAAAAGAUAUGAGGCAGUUAGACAAAGAUAUGAGAGUAUGGGAACCAUAUAUUUCUAUUGAGGCAACGAUUAAAAAUCUCAUGACAUCGUUGCGAGCUGUAACGGAUUUGCAGAAUCCCGCUAUCAAAGAUAGACAUUGGGUGGAAUUAAUGAUGGCGACAAAGGUCAAAUUCAAUAUAGAUGACGAUACUACAUUGGCAGAUCUGUUAGCUCUCAACCUUCACAAAUAUGAGGAGGAGGUCAAAACGAUUGUCGACAAGUCUGUUAAGGAAGCUGCCAUGGAGAAAACGCUUAAGGAACUGGAAGCGACUUGGGCGAUCAUGGAGUUCGAUUACUCAGUACACGAUAGAACUGGUGCCAAAUUGCCCAAAGCAAGUGAAGAGCUUGUUGAGACGCUUGAAGAUAACCAGAACCAAGUCCAAAACAUGAUGUCGUCAAAGUUCAUUGGUUUCUACGAGGCUGAGGUGACUGCUUGGCAAAAGAAGCUUGGCACGGCUGAUGCAGUGAUUGCCAUCUGGUUCGAAGUGCAGCGCAAGUGGCAAUAUUUGGAAAGCAUCUUUGUUGGCUCUGAUGACAUACGAGCCCAGUUGCCUGAAGACUCUAAGCGAUUUGAUAUUAUUGAUAAGACGUUUAAGGAAUUACUGAAAGACAUUGGCAAUACUCCCAAUGUAGUUCAAGCCACAAACAAACCAGGUCUCCUCGAUAAACUAGAGGAAUUAAUGAAAGCUCUCAACCUAUGCGAGAAAGCUCUUAACAACUAUUUGGAGACGAAACGUCUGGCGUAUCCUCGCUUCUACUUUGUGUCUUCGGCUGACUUACUGGAUAUCCUGUCCAAUGGAAACAAUCCACCAGCGGUUGCGCGGCACUUGUCCAAGUUGUACGACAAUUUGGCGAAACUCGUAUUCCCGAAACCUGGGAGCAAACAUGCCAUUGAGAUGAUAUCUAAGGAAAACGAGGAACAUGUGCCGUUUAAAGCACCGUGUUGCGAUUGUUCUGGAAAAGUGGAAAUCUGGUUAAACCGAGUGACAGACUGUAUGCGGUAUACUUUGCGUGACAUAUUCGAGCACAGUGUAAAGUCGUAUGAGGACAAACCACGUGAUGAAUGGGUGUUCGAUUGGCCCGCUCAGCCGGCGCUAGUCGGGACUCAGAUUUGGUGGACCACUGAAACGAAUCAGGCUUUUGAAAAACUUGAAGAAGGUUACGAAGGUGCCCUCAAGGACUAUCAAAAGAAGCAGAUUGCCCAACUGAACGCUCUAAUCGUCCUCUUGCUCGGUGACUUAACCGUCGGAGAUCGACAGAAGAUUAUGACAAUCUGUACAAUUGACGUGCAUUCGAGAGAUGUUGUCGCUAAGCUCAUUGUGGCUAAAGUGGAAACAUCGAAUGCGUUCCAGUGGCAAAGUCAGUUGAGGCACAGAUGGGAUAUGAAACUCAACAAUUGUUAUGCCAAUAUUUGCGAUGCUCAAUUCCUUUACGAUUACGAAUAUUUGGGGAAUACUCCACGACUAGUUAUCACACCUCUUACGGAUCGAUGUUAUAUUACGUUAACUCAGAGCCUGCAUUUGAUUAUGGGUGGAGCUCCUGCUGGGCCAGCUGGUACUGGCAAGACGGAAACCACGAAGGACUUGGGUCGAGCUUUGGGAAUUAUGGUGUACGUGUUCAACUGUUCAGAACAGAUGGAUUACAAGUCUUGCGGAAAUAUAUACAAAGGUCUAGCUCAGACCGGUGCUUGGGGUUGCUUCGACGAAUUCAACCGAAUUUCCGUGGAAGUACUCUCCGUUGUGUCCGUCCAAGUCAAAAGUGUUCUUGACGCUAUAAAGGCGAAGAAGAAGAAAUUCGAUUUUAUGGGCGAAUUUAUUACACUGAUACCGACAAUUGGUAUGUUUAUUACCAUGAACCCGGGUUAUGCCGGUAGAACUGAAUUGCCCGAGAACUUGAAAGCUUUGUUCAGGCCUUGCGCUAUGGUGGUGCCAGAUUUUGAGCUGAUUUGCGAAAUCAUGUUGGUCGCCGAAGGGUUCCAGGAAGCUAGGCUCUUGGCUCGCAAAUUCAUUACUUUGUACACUUUGUGUAAGGAGUUACUGUCGAAACAGGAUCACUACGAUUGGGGGCUACGAGCUAUCAAGUCUGUACUUGUGGUAGCUGGUUCUUUGAAGAGAGGCGACAGAUUGCGCCCUGAAGAUCAAGUACUAAUGAGAGCGUUGAGAGAUUUCAACAUCCCCAAAAUUGUGACAGACGAUAGGCCAGUAUUCAUGGGUCUUAUCGGAGAUCUGUUCCCGGCUUUAGACGUCCCUAGAAAGCGCGAUUUCGACUUCGAAAAGAGCUUAGUAGAUGGAGCUAUUUCGAUGAAAUUGCAACCGGAACCUGGGUUUAUAUUAAAGAUGGUGCAGCUUGUUGAACUAUUCGCCGUCCGACAUUCUGUAUUCAUUGACGGAUUCGCCGGAACGGGAAAGUCCAUGGUCUGGCAAUGUUUAAACAAAACAUAUCACAUGUUGAAAAUGAAACCGUUUUACAACGAUCUCGAUCCUAAAGCGGUGACGAACGAUGAGCUAUUUGGUAUUAUUAACCCAGCGACCAGGGAAUGGAAGGAUGGCUUAUUUUCCACUAUCAUGCGGGACAUGGCGAAUAUGCCAGGGGAUGGGCCGAAGUGGAUUGUAUUGGAUGGAGAUAUUGAUCCUAUGUGGAUUGAGAGCUUGAAUACAUUAAUGGAUGAUAAUAAGGUAUUAACGCUGGCCAGUAAUGAACGAAUAGCUCUAACCAAAUCUAUGCGUUUACUCUUCGAGAUUGCAACGCUGCGUACAGCUACACCAGCGACUGUAUCACGCGCUGGAAUCCUUUAUAUCAAUCCACAGGAUUUGGGUUGGAAUCCGUUCGUUGCAUCAUGGAUAGAUACCACACGAGAUGAUGAAUCCGAGAAGGCGAUGCUGACAGUAAUGUUUGACAAGUACAUACCCUCGCUGUUGGAGUCCUGUAAGAAGUACAAACGAAUCACGCCCUUAAGUGAACUACAGCAGAUACAGCUUACGUGUUAUUUGCUUGAAUGCUUUUUGAACAAAAGCUUGUUGCCAUCGGAUUGUCCAAAAGAAUGGUAUGAAACAUAUUUCGUGUUUUGUGUGGUCUGGGGAUUCGGCUCUGGUCUAUUUCAAGAUCAGCUCGUCGAUUGGCGUAAUGAGUUUAGCAAAUGGUUCUGCAAUGAAUUCAAACAAAUUAAAUUCCCGUCCACUGGCAACGUCUUUGGUUUCUUCAUCGAUCCGGAAACGAAGAAAUGGCUUCCAUGGACUGAAAAAGUUGAGGCCUUUGAAUUGGAUCCGGAAAUACCUUUGCAGUCAUGCCUAGUAUCCACCUCGGAGACGACUCGAAUCAGAUUCUUUAUGGAUCUGUUGAUUGCAAAACAAAAACCAGUGAUGCUAGUUGGUAGUGCGGGAAGUGGAAAGACCGUCAGUGUUGCUGCUAAACUGAAUUCGCUAUCUGAUAACUUUGCCAUCCAAAACGCACCUCUCAACUUCUAUACUACAUCAGAAAUGAUCCAGAAAGUUCUCGAAAAGCCGUUAGAGAAGAAAUCUGGUCGAAACUUUGGUCCGCCCGGUAGCAAGUUUAUGAUAUACUUUGUGGACGAUCUUAAUAUGCCUGAAGUAGACACUUAUGGCACGGUGCAACCGCAUACACUUAUUCGUCAAUUUAUGGAUUAUAAGCAUUGGUAUGACCGACAAAAGCUAUCACUAAAGGACAUAUCGAAUUGCAUGUUCGUCUCCUGUAUGAAUCCAACAGCUGGUUCCUUUACAAUUGAUCCACGAUUACAGCGGCAUUUCUGUACGUUUGCUGUCAGUUUCCCUGGAUUGGACGCAUGCUUCCACAUCUAUAAGCAAAUACUGGCACAACAUUUGGCCAAUCCACUAAAUAAGUUUGGAUUAGUCGUGCAAAAAUACAGUGAGAACUUGGUUAAUGCUGCUCUGGCUUUGCAUAACAAGUUGUCUUCGACGUUCUUGCCAACAGCUAUUAAGUUCCAUUACAUAUUCAAUUUGCGCGAUCUUUCGAAUAUAUUCCAGGGUAUAUUAUUCACAACUGGCGACGCAAUAAAACUCCAAUCGGAAUUAAUAAGGCUUUGGAUGCACGAAGCAACGCGGGUGUAUUCUGAUAAAUUAGUCGAUUCUGCUGACAACGACGCGUUCAAUAAACUUAUUGUGGAUGUUAUAAAGAAAAACUGCGAGGAUUACGACGAAAAUGUCGUUUUCGAGAAGCCGCUAAUUUACUGCCAUUUCGCCGAAGGCGUAGGGGAUCCGAAGUAUUUUCCGAUCAGAGAUUGGCCGCAAAUCAAAAAGUUGCUCGAUGAAUCUCUGUCUGCCUAUAACGAUCUUGUAGCGACUAUGAACCUAGUGCUCUUUGAGGAUGCUAUGUACCACAUUUGCAGGAUAAACCGCAUCUUAGAAGCACCGAGAGGCAACGCUUUGUUGGUUGGUGUCGGAGGUUCUGGAAAGCAGUCCUUAUCUCGAUUAUCUGCCUUUAUCUCUUCGCUUGAGGUAUUCCAAAUACAACUUCGCAAAGGGUACAGCAUUAACGAUCUGAAAGUGGAUCUCGCUGGUUUGUAUAUUAAAGCGGGUUUGAAGAACAUCGGCAAUGUAUUUUUAAUGACCGACGCUCAAGUGGCGGAAGAAAGAUUUUUAGUUUUAAUCAACGAUUUGUUAGCCUCCGGUGAAAUACCAGAAUUGUUGGCUGAUGAUGAAAUUGAGAAUAUAAUAAAUGGGGUCAGAGGCGAGGUAGUAUUGUGUUUCUCGCCCGUGGGAGCUACUUUACGUGUGCGAGCCCGUAAGUUCCCCUCUAUUGUGAACUGUACUGCGAUCAAUUGGUUCCACGAAUGGCCGCAAGAGGCGCUGCGUUCUGUCUCAAAACGAUUUCUGUUCGAGGUCGAAGCUUUGCCACGGGAUUUGGUAGAACCGGUGGCGAAUUUCAUGUCGCAUGUGCAUCAAAGUGUAAAUGCCAUGUCCGGAGUGUAUUUCCAAAAUGAACGUAGAUACAACUACACGACGCCUAAAACGUUUUUGGAGCAAAUAUCCUUGUACAGUAAACUUCUUACAGAGAAGACUACUAAUUUGAAAAUGAUGAUAUCGAGAUUAGAGAAUGGUUUAGAGAAGUUGGCUUCUUGUGCUGCCGACGUUGCCGUUUUGAAGGUAACCCUUGCAGAACAAGAAAUUAUACUAAAGGUUAAAAACAAAGCUGCCGAGGAACUGAUUGAAGUAGUUGGAGCUGAAAGUGAGAAGGUGUCAAAAGAAAAAGCAUUCGCUGCUGAAGAAGAAAAGAAAGUCAAAGUAAUUGAAGAAGAUGUAACGAUAAAAGCUAAGAUUUGCGCGGACGAUCUCGCUAAGGCGGAACCAGCUUUGCUAGCGGCGCAGGAGGCUCUCAAUACGUUAAACAAGAAUAACCUUACUGAGCUGAAAGCUUUUGGCUCACCACCAGACGCUGUAGUUACAGUGACAGCGGCUGUACUUGUACUCUUCUCCAAGAAAGGGAAAUUACCUAAAGAUAGAUCUUGGAAGGCUUGUAAACUUAUGAUGAACAAAGUGGAUCAAUUCUUAUACGAUCUGGUGUAUUACGACAAGGAGAACAUACAUCCAGAUGUUAUUAAGGCAGUUCAACCGUACAUAAAGAAUCCAGAUUUCAAUGCAGAGUUCAUAAUGUCAAAAUCAGCGGCGGCAGCUGGCCUUUGCGCUUGGGUGAUUAACAUCGUGAAGUUCUACGAUGUUUACGUGGUUGUCGAACCCAAGAGGAGAGCACUUAACGCUGCUAACGCUGAACUCCAAGCCGCUAGGGACAAAUUGGCCUUCCUGACUGAACAAAUUCAUGAAUUAGAGGAGAAGUUAGGCGAAUUGAUGAAAGCUUUCCAAGAAGCAGUUAAUGAAAAGAUGAAGUGUCAAGCUGAAGCCGAUGCUACGAACGCUACAAUUGACUUGGCAAACCGUCUCGUCAACGGCUUGGCUUCAGAAAAAAUAAGAUGGUCAGCAACUGUAGUGAAACUCAAAGAAUCUGGCGUGAUGCUACCGGGCGACGUACUUUUGGUGACAGCGUUUAUUUCUUAUGUUGGCUGCUUUAUGCGUCGCUACAGAAUGAUGCUUAUGAAUGAGGACUGGAUACCUACUCUCAAUAAGACAAAUCCGAAAAUUGAAACAACGGAAGGGCUAGACCCUCUUUCCAUGUUGACUGAUGACGCGCAAGUAGCCAGCUGGAACAACGAGGGAUUACCAACUGACUCCAUGAGUACAGAGAAUGCUACGAUCCUUACAAACUCAGCGCGAUGGCCUUUGAUGAUUGAUCCCCAAUUACAAGGCAUAAAAUGGAUAAAAUCGCGGUACGGUGAUACACUAGUAGUGAUUAGAUUGACUCAACGGAAUUACCUUGAUCGGAUCGAACGAGCCGUUAGCAAUGGAGAUGUGGUUCUAUUAGAGAACAUAGGAGAAACAGUCGAUGCCGUGCUGGAGCCGUUGCUAGGGCGAGUACUUAUAAGAAAAGGGAAAGUGCUUAAGAUCGGUGACAGAGAAAUAGAUUACCAUCCCAACUUCAGAUUGGUGAUACAAACAAAACUAGCGAACCCACAUUACCAGCCAGAGAUGCAGGCGCAGUGCACACUUAUCAACUUCACUGUAACUAAGGAUGGUCUGGAAGAACAGCUCUUAGGUGAAGUAGUGAAAGCGGAAAGACCUGACUUAGAAAAGCUGAGGGCGGGGCUCACAAAGCAGCAAAACGACUUUAAAAUCACGCUCAAGAGUCUCGAAGAUGACCUGCUGAAGAGGUUGUCUUCAGCUGGGCCAGAUAUUCUCAGUGAUUCAGCGCUAGUGAUAAAUCUAGAAACUACUAAGAAAACUGCUGCAGAUAUUGAAAUAAAAGUAGAGGAAGGGAAAGUCACUGCCGUCAAAAUUGAUGAGGCUCGGGAGAGAUAUCGACGCGCAGCAGCUAGAGCUUCCUUAUUAUAUUUUAUUCUAAAUGAUCUUUACAAAAUUAAUCCCAUGUACCAAUUCUCACUGAAAGCAUACAGUGUUGUGUUCAAAGAUGCGUUAGCUAGAGCUGACGUUGCUGAAGAUUUGGAAGGGCGCGUGCGCAACUUACUCGACAGUAUCACGUUCGCGGUAUUCGUGUAUACUAGUCGUGGCCUAUUUGAAAGGGAUAAGCUCGUGUUUCUUUUCCUAAUUACUUUGCAAGUAUUACAAAGUGAAGGAAAGGUAGAUCCUCGUGAAUUGGACUUCUUACUAAAGUAUGCAGUCGCGCCAGAAGUGUCCCCCUAUUCGUGGCUCUCUAAUAACGCCUGGGGAGGUAUAAUAGCCCUCGCUAAGAUGGACGCUUUUGAGAAUCUCGACAAAGAUAUAGAAGGGGCAACCAAGAGAUGGCAAAAAUAUACUGACGGUGAGGCACCAGAAAGAGAUAAGCUGCCUGGUGAAUGGAAGAACAAGAGUUCGCUUCAGAGGCUCUGUAUUCUUCGUGCUUUGCGGCCUGAUAGAAUGUCUUAUGCUUCUGGUGCAUUCUGUGAGGAGAACCUUGGUACAAAGUAUGUAGAGGCUCGAACACCUCCACUAGAAAAAUCGUAUCAAGAGAGUAAUUCGACCACAGCCAUGUUUUUCAUUUUGUCACCUGGAGUCGAUCCAUUAAAAGACUUGGAGAAAUUGGGCAGAAAACUAGGAUUCUCAACGGACAAGAAAAACUUCCACAUCGUGUCUUUAGGGCAGGGUCAGGAAGUGGUUGCUGAAGAGGCGAUGGGAGUUGCCUCAGUCAACGGCGACUGGGUCAUCCUACAGAACAUUCACUUGGUUGCCAAAUGGCUGGCCACACUCGAGAAGAAAAUGGAAGAGACUUUCGAAAAUCCUUUACCGGAAUACAGAUUAUAUUUAAGUGCUGAACCAGCUGCGGAUCCCGCUUACCAUAUCAUUCCGCAGGGUAUUCUUGAAUCGGCUAUCAAAAUCACUAACGAACCUCCGAUUGGAAUGUGGGCUAACUUACAUAAGGCUCUAGAUAAUUUCAGUCAGGAGACAUUGGAAAUGUGCAGCAAAGAAGCCGAGUUUAAGUCGAUUCUGUUCGCUCUUUGCUAUUUCCAUGCUGUAGUUGCUGAGAGGCGCAAAUUCGGACCACAAGGAUGGAACCGAGUCUAUCCUUUCAACUUUGGCGAUCUAACAAUUUGCGUAUACGUCUUGUACAACUACUUGGAAGCGAAUCCUCGCGUGCCCUGGGAAGAUUUGAGAUAUCUGUUCGGUGAGAUUAUGUACGGAGGGCAUAUUACCGACGACUGGGACCGACGUCUUUGCCGCACUUUCUUACUGGAAUAUAUGCAGCCAGAAUUGGUCGACGGAGAGUGCCAACUCGCUCCAGGAUUUAUAUCUCCACCAAACUCAGACUACGUGAGCUAUCACGCAUACAUUGAUGACUUCUUGCCUGACGAGACGCCGUACCUCUACGGUUUGCAUCCUAACGCGGAAAUCGGUUACCUCACUACAGUGUCAGAGCGGUUGUUUAAGGUGGUGUUCGAAAUGCAACCAAGAGACGCCGGCGCACAAGCUGGUGGUGGAGCGACUAAAGAAGAAAUGGUGCGCUACAUCCUAGACGACAUACUAGACCGAGUGCCAGAGCCGUUCAAUUUGCAAGAGCUCAUGGGCAAAGUGGAGGAACUAACGCCGUUCACCAUUGUAGCUUUGCAGGAGUGUGAACGAAUGAAUCGACUUAUGGGUGAGAUACGUCGGUCACUAAAGGAGGUUGAAUUGGGCCUUAAGGGAGAACUGACGAUCAGCAGCGACAUGGAAAAAUUAAUGGAAUCGCUGUUUAUGGAUAAGGUCCCGGACUCUUGGACAAAACUUGCGUAUCCAAGCUUGCUCGGUCUGGCUGCCUGGUUCUCGGAUUUAUGCCUGCGUUUAGUUGAGCUGGAGAACUGGUCCGGUGACUUUAACUUACCACCGGCUGUCUGGCUAGCUGGGUUCUUUAAUCCGCAGUCUUUCCUCACGGCCAUAAUGCAGCAGACAGCGCGUAAGAACGAGUGGCCGUUGGACAAGAUGUGCCUCAACUGUGACGUCACUAAAAAGCAUAGGGGCGACUUCAAUGCCCCACCACGUGAAGGGGCAAACAUCCACGGGCUGUACAUGGAGGGGGCACGGUGGGAUACAGCAUCUGGCGGUAUCGUGGAGUCGCGUAUGAUGGAGCUGUUCCCAAUAGUCCCUGUCAUAUACAUUAAAGCUGUGACCCAAGACAAACAAGACACGAAGAAUGUGUACGAGUGCCCCGUCUAUAAGAUUCGUAUGCGUGGACCGACUUUCGUGUGGACCUUCAACCUCAAGACUAAAGACAAGCCCACCAGAUGGACAUUAGCUGGAGUUGCAUUGUUGUUGGGAGUAUAG